ACAAAUCGAUGAUGAUCUAAUUUACACAGGGGGGAAAUAGGAUAUUUAAAAGCCAGAUUUCCCACUUCAUCCGCCACCCAAUCUUCACGUCCACAACCACCUCUAUUUGACAACGCAUCAUACAAAUACAAAUCUCAUCCAAUCAGUUAAGAUGCAGAAUGAUAGAGCUAGACACCAUCAGAAUGCUUCCAUUCACUCACUUACAUCGAUUGGUUCUAUAGUUGAGCCCGUAACUCCUCCAGACCUCGGGGAUCAUUUUGGAACCCCAUCGCUUAACCAGUUCUCAACAAAUUCAGCGGGUUCCAACGGCGCAUCAUCCACCACAACGCCUCUAUCUACGCUGAACACCAAUAUAGGGGGUAAUACUUUUAGAUCCAGACUUCGUUCGCUUCCUUUGGUGAAUGAACUAGACUAUAAGUUCAACCAAUUUAACAUCAGCAGUCUUCAAAAUUUAUCUCAGGGAUCACCGGGUACUGCAUACAUUCCAUCACCAAGCCAAAGUGUUUCAUCUUCUAGCAGUUCUAUCCCGCAAAUCCCAUUGAGCUCACUUUCGUCUCAGAGUCAUACUGCUCUAGAUACCCCACAGGUGAGAAAGGUAUCACCACCUGUACCACAGCACGAAUCUUCUCGUUCCCAAGCUCAAUUCCAACCCCGGUUGUCCUUGCCAAACGUUCACUCUCUGGGCUCCAAUAAGAGAGACGGGAGCUUCAGUUCUUCAUCAAACUCUAACUACAAGAACUUUGAUGAGUUAAACUUGAUUCCAUUUGAAGAUUUGGAUAUCUUGAAACUGUCUGUUGAUCAGUAUGGUUGUCGCUACUUGCAGAAGAAACUUGACGCUGACAAUGGCGUGAAGGAUAUCAUCUUCAAAAAAGUUUUUAACAACCUGAUCGAGUUGAUUAUCGAUCCGUUCGGUAACUAUCUCGUUCAGAAGCUGGUCGAGUAUUUGUCAAGUUAUCAGAAAGACCUGUUAGUUGAAAAGACCCAUACUUAUCUUUUCCUCGUGGCUGUGAACCAAUAUGGUACUAGAAGCUUACAGAAAAUCAUUGAUAAGGUUGACACUGUAUACCAAAUGGAUUUGAUAAUCAAAGGUUUGCAGAUGAACGAUACUUCGAACGGCAUUGAGGACAACAACAUUGUGAAGCUCAUUAAAGAUCUCAAUGGAAACCACGUUGUUCAAAAAUGUAUCUUUCGGUUCCCACCAGAGAAGUUUCAAUUUAUUAUUGACUCAAUCUGUAUAAAUGAUAAUAUUGUGAGAAUCUCCACGCACAAGCAUGGAUGUUGUGUCCUUCAGAAACUUUUGAAUACUGCGAAUUUUGAACAGAUUGUCAAGAUCUCCAAAAUUCUCCUUGUCUAUUUGGAUGAUUUGAUCAAUGAUCAAUUUGGAAACUACAUUAUUCAAUUUUUGUUUGAACUGAACUUUUUGAAAGACUCUACCGACCUAGACUUUUUGGUUGUAAGUUUCUUUGCAAAGAUAUAUCCCAAAUUGAUUAGGCUCUCUUGCUUGAAGUUUUCAUCGAAUGUUAUCGAGAAGUACAUCAAAGUUUUAAAGGCUAAACAAAACUAUGAGUACUUGAAUGAAAUCAUUAAACUUAUCAAUGUCAACUUUGAGAUGCUGAUCAAGGAUAAGUUUGGGAAUUAUGUUAUCCAAACAAUGAUUGAUCAAUUUUAUGAUGUGCAUGAGCUGAACCUUGAGAUGAAUAUCUUGAUCACAACAGUUAAGAACUAUCUUCCAGUAAUCAAGGCCGCGCCUUAUGCACGAAAGAUACAACUAAAGAUACAACAACUAGAGACCAAUUACACGUUUAAUCAACAUGAGUUGACACGGGUUGCACAGAAUUUGCCAACUGGCAAAUACUACGACGUAUCCCAGAUGACUUACAACAAUGGGCCUAACAGCUUUACUCAUGAGGGAAACAGUUAUACCAAUUACAUGAAUGGUGGUGGACCUCCACAGGGUUUCAACCCAUAUUAUUCAAUGGAUGCGUCGUUGUAUCGCUCUAGUGGGAAUCUUACCAGUGUUAAUAAUCUGGUUAUGCCCAAAGAUUAUCGGAACUUCAACGAUUCCAACAACGGUAAGAAUCUUUCAGAUACGCAGAAUUCUUCAAACAACCUGUAUCAGUUGUGAUUAGGAGUCUUUUUUUCUCACCUUUGUUUUAUGUUCUAUUCUCUUGUCCUUAUACGUCCCCCUCCUCCCAUCUGUACACUAUACGCUUGUUGUAUGUUUUACUCUUUUUUUGUCCUUUUUCAUACCAUUUCAUUUCUUUUGAGGUUGUUUCAUAUAAUUUGAACACUUUGCGAUUCUAAACGUGCUUUUUUCCAAUAUCAAACCUUCC